CAGAGACGCAGCCGAGCGCACGUAGGCAGCCAGACUACUACUGUAUACACCACCACCACCAGUACACGGAGAAGAAGAAGAAGCAUCACCCAGCGGUCAGAGGUGUAUCCCGGUUCCACCAUGCAGUCAGACGGGGACAGUGGACCUGGAGACCUGGAGAUCCAGCUGGCCAGUAAAGAGAGGGAGUGGAAGGGGCUCCUGGCUGCAAGGGUUCAUCAACUGGAGAGUUCCCUCAGAAAGGCCCAGGAGGAGUGCUGCUCCCUCAGAGAACGUUACCAGCAACUGAGGGAAGAUUUCCAGUUCAACCUGGCCAUCUUGGAUGAACGAGACCGAGAGCUGGAGAGAUAUGAUGUCCUCACUGCCAGAGCUCGGACUGUGGAGCACAACAGGCAGGGGGAGCUGAACCAGCUCUGUAUGCAGGUUGCCAGGCUGGAGAAGCAGACUGAGGAUAGGCAGGAGGAGCUCAGUAAAAGUCGGCUGCAGCUGGACGAGCUCAAGCGCUCUACAGCUGGUGAAAUCCAAAAGCAAACAGAGGAGUAUGAAAGGAUGAAAUGGGAUAUGCAGUGCAGGAUACAAGAGGUGGAAGGAGAGCUGACCUUACAGAAACAGCAGGAGAUGACAGCAGCUUCUGACAGCGAGCUCAGACGGCGGGAACAUGAGUUCAACCUGAAGCUGGAUGAGAUGCGUGCCGUGGUGCUGUCUCGUGAUCUCACGGUGAAGCUGCUGUCUAAAGAGACUGAAGUUCACUGCCAGGUUCUGCAUCAGUCCACAGAGGCUCUCAAAUCUUCUAAGGAGUUCUGUCUGCAGAUACAAUCCCAGCUGCAACACAAAGACCAGGAGAUCAGAGAACUCACUGCUGACAAGGACUACAAAAUAAAGGAGCUUGAGGACGAGCUGAAAUGGAUGGAGAUCAAAUUGAAGAAAGAGGAGGAUGACCACAUUAAGAAAUAUGAGGAGGUGGUCCAGGCUCUGAAGGAGUGUGAUACCCAGCUGGAGGCUCAGUGUCGGGUCCACACAGAGCGGCUGCAGAAGGCUGAGAAGCACAUUGUCAAACUACAGGGCGAUGUGGAGGUUCUGGCUGCACAGCUACGCUGUGGACAGGAACAUCAGCAGGAGGCCAUGGGUCAGAGAGAUGAGACAAUACAGAGGCUUCGCAAAGAGGUAGAAGCAACCCAGACUGGCUGGGACAAGUACAUCAGUCAGGUCCUCAGUGAGACAGUUGUUAAGGAUACAGAGAUCAUCACCCUGCAGGAGAGAGAAACUAAAGUGAGGACUGAGCUGGAGAGGAGCAGGGAGGAGGUGGAGAGGUACAAGCAGCAGCUGGGUGCUGGUCUGCAGAGGGAGAGAGCCUUAGAACAGAUGCAAGUCCAGGUUGAGCUGGAGUGGCAGAGACGCUGUGAGGACACAAAGGCCCAACACUACCUCGCUAAUGAGCAGCUAAUACAGGACCUGAGCCAGGCUAGAGACCAGGCUAAAGCAGAGCUGAAGGAGAAAGAACAAGAUCUGCAGGAUUUGACUGUCUUACUGCGUUCUGUUAAAACAGAGAGAGACCCGGCGGUACAGGGUCUCACACCAAAGAUAGAUUCUCUGGCAUCAGAAGAGAUCUGUAGUCUACAGCAGCAGAACGGCAUCCUGCGGGCCGUGGUUACCCAGAUGAGGAAGGACAUGGAGGGUCUCAUCCACGUCCUGCCCUGUCCGCAGGCCCAGCCGCAGGCCCAGCCGCAGGCCUCUUUCCCUCAGCCAGUUCAGCAUCCAGGAGCCGCUGCCACCACCUCCGUCACUCCUACAGCUAACACUCAGAUGGACACUGGACCACCAGCCCAGUCCACUAACAUCUCUCUCAAAGUCAGCCCAGCAGGUGGUCUGUGCUCAGAGAAACGUGCCAACACCUGUGCUUUGUCGAAGCAGGAGGUCAGAAUGGAACAUACGGAGUCUGCUCUCACCAACCUCAUGGAACAGAGUGCACUGAUGCGACAGCUCCGAGAGGAGAACCUGUGUUUGCGGCGGCAGCAGCAGCAGGCCUCAGGUCUGAUGUCUGGUGGUUUGUUUGACAGUGUGCAGGCUGCUAGAAGCAACCGUCCUGCCCUGCACACCAGACUGAAGCAGGCCGCGUCCUGCAUCGCCCGUCUGAGCAGAGACAAACAGCAGCUGAUAGAGCUGGGGAACCGCCUCCGUGCCCACAUCACCACUGCUGAAGCAGUGGAGCCAGAGAGGGAGUCCUCCACAGAGGAACAAGGAAACCAACAUGAUCGUCUGUUUGCUCUGGAGCAGCUGCAGUACCAGCUCACCACACAGGAGCUGCAGUAUGCACUGAGGCAGAGGGCUGAACAACUCCUACCUGGAACCAACAACCAACACCCUGCCACAGAAGGGGCUGCCAACCCUUGGUCCCAGGGGCACAGAACCACAGAGAGGCCCGAGAGGUCCAAGGACAAAGAGAAGAGGCUGAGCCGGUCCCAGAGCUCCAUGGACGAGGGGCUGCAGCUCCGCUCUGGUCUGCCCAGGUCUCGGUUCUCAUCAGAGGAGUCACUGCGCUCGUUGAAGGAGCUGUGGGAGAAACUGGACCACGGAUUGAGUCCAUCUAUUUUCUCAGAAGGUGAGGGUGAGAGGAGCAGGAGGGAGGUGGCUGAGUCUGGUGGUGCUGGAGUCCAGAUGACGGUGCAUGGAAGCAGAGCUCCUAUCCAUAGCCAGCCCCCAACUGAGGUCCAGCAGAGGAACCCCUCUAAAACACACUCAAACACUACCAAGACCAGCAGACCUGGAUCCGCUGGCAGGAUGUACAAGAUCAGAAACUACAACGUUAAAAACUGACACCAUGUAUAGGACAAACUGUCCGACUCAGCCUGUGAAAACUGUUGUAUAAAAUAUUUCAUGGCUCUAGACGAGCUGAUUAUGUCAUAGUGAUUCAUACCAGAAGGCCUGCUGCAUGUGACAAACCAGGGACAUAAAUUAGCUUCUUCCAAAUGAUCCUGGUGGCACGAGUACACACAAGAGUAACAGCAUCAACAAGAGAAACACGUGCUUCAAAUACCAAAACACAAUAUUCUUCAUUACAUGUCAGAAUAAGAGCAUAUCUUUUAUAUAUUUUACUGUUUCUUGCAACAUCAGCACUCACGUGUCUGAGCAGUUAAGGGACCACAAUAAAAAUAGAUCUAUAGGCUUCUAGUAUAUUGUGUAUGAUCCUCAAUAAUAUGUGUUAAUGUAUGUGUUCCCUCUGUAUGUACUACUGCAUUGUAUUAAACUCUCUUUGUUUUCCCAAACAACA